AUGUCAUCACCACCAACCUCUCGCUCCUCAUCCCGUCUCUCAAAACGAAAGGGAAAGCAUCGCAAUGAAGGGACAAAAGCCUUCAUCACAGGCUCAGAUCCAAUCCUUGAGCCAGAGCCAAGUCUCAAGAUGAAACUAACAUCUUGGUUCCGUACGCCUAGUUCCUCACCUACUUCUUCGCCUAUCGUUCCUACCACCCCCAGGGUAGAGAAGGGGAAAGAGAGAGGUGUGAAAGGCGGGACUCCUUCGUCGUCGCUUGACGAUGUUGGGUAUCUUGGUGAUCUUGAAGAUGGAGGGAAUAGUGGGAAGAAGAAAAAGGAAAAGAAGAAGGAUAAGGGGAAGGAGAGAGAAAUUGAGAGGGGUCUCUUGGAGGGACCAACAUACAUUGAUCACGAGGGACAACUUGCCGAGGCGAGGAAUAUGGUUUGUGCUUCUCCUGUGACGGAAUAUCUUCCUGAUUCUUCGGGAAUGGCAAAGGAGGGGAAGGGAAAGCGGAAGAGGAGAGGUAUUUGGAACUUCUUUUCGAGGAGGUGUGGGGUUGGAAGUCAGGAUGGGGGACUGGGGGGAUUGGGGGAUUGUGAGAUUUUGGUUGAUGAGUGGUAUUUAUGUUUCAAUUUUUCUUCUCGCAUUCAUUCAUCCCUUCCCUCCCUUCGUCCCUGACCUUUUCAAACGGGGUUUCAUUUUCAGAUUUUGAAGUUGUUAUGUUGAAAUUUAGCUGAGAGGGAGCUCUGUGGAUGAAUCCUUGAUCGGGCGGAUACUGAUGAGACUGCUUAUACAGUGAUGAUGACUUCCUCCUCAUCAGAAUCAAAUCGCCGGACAAACCGGACCUCGACAAUCGACAAGAAAACUUCAUGAGCACAACUGUCAAUCCAAGGAACGUGAAGCGAAGAUACAUCGAUCAAAACACCAAAAGUUCAACCAACACAGAUCACCAAAUAGGAGAAUCUCAACCCGCACUCCUUCCAAUUACACACUCCAAUAAAGAUCACAAGAGAACCUUUAAACGCUCAUAUCCCCAACGCAAAACCAUCUCUCCACGUCCCAAAAAACGAAGCUACUCAGUCCACAAACACACAGCAGAGCGAUCGAAAUCCAUGGCAAAACUCCUCUCACCACAAGCGAGACAAGAGAAAUAUUCAUUCCCAGUACAUAGUAGAAAUUCUAUCCAAGUCGAGCGACAAGCUGAAACAGCUAUCCGUGAUGAGAUGCAGGAAGCGAUGGAAACCAGUCUUCCAAAGACACCAUGGUAUCUUUCUUUACAGAAGGAUACGGGAGCAGGGCCUCCUUACGUUAGCGAGGAGGGACUGUCUUUGAGACCUGAAGACAAUCCUCAACCAAUCCCAAUACCCAACACUCCACCACCAAACCCCGAACUAAUAAUCACCUCUGCAUCUCCUCCAAACACCACCUUCCACACAGACACCAUCCUCAACUCCUACUCACCCCACGAACUCUCCGCAACCGAAAAAGAAGAAGUCGAAAUCGAAGAGAUUCUCCGGGCGCUAGACAAGCCACCUGUAGAAUGGGAUGUUGCCGGUGUCUCGAUUCCGGUAGGAGAAAAGUAUUUGCGAGCAUUGGAAAGUUCAUUGAUUGAUGAGAUGCCGUUGGUUUAUGAUGCUUUUGAGGGGGGGGGUAGGUAUUUGCUUGCGCCUGUUUCUUCGCCUAUUAGGGAGGGGUUUGAGGUGGAUGGAGAGGCGGAGAUUUGGGAGGAGGGUGCUGAUGAUGAGGAUAGUGGGUUUGUUGCGGGUUCUUUUGAGGGGAGGUUUGAGAGGGUGGGGGAUUUGCAGUUUGAUUUGGAGAUGGAGAUGUGUUUUGCUGAGGAAAACGAGGAGGUCGAUGAGUUUGAAGAUAAGUAUGGUGAUUUUGGAGAGGAUCUAUCUCCCAAUGACUUCUCGACAAAACCACUACCUCGCUUCUCAUAUCUCCGUGACUACUCCAACGAAAAUACACCUCCAAGAUCCUCAAGUCCACUACUCGACAAAAAGCCAACAACGAACCCUCUCAUCCCACGAAGUCCUCUAAGCGAAACCACCAACAACUCCACACCCCUCCAACCAGAACCCUCCCGAAGACCCGUACCCUUCCGCAUCCCAACAUCCAACUCACUAGGAGAUUCAAUAACAACAACUCACAGUUCCCCUCCCAAAGAAUGGUGGUACGGCACCACCCCACCUCCCUCGACGCCUCCCCNUACCCUUCCGCAUCCCAACAUCCAACUCACUAGGAGAUUCAAUAACAACAACUCACAGUUCCCCUCCCAAAGAAUGGUGGUACGGCACCACCCCACCUCCCUCGACGCCUCCCCCCGCACCUCAAACAUGGAUGGAAAUGCCCGUCCCAACAUCGCGUCUAAGUCCCCGUUUACACAUACGCGGUGGUUACAUACCUUCUCCCUCUUCCCCUUCCCCUUCCAUAUCUUCAACACUACCCGCACCCACACCCGCACCCACCCCCUCAACCUCAACCCUCUCCCUCCGCGGCGGCGGCGGCGGCAAGAAAUCCCCCCUCUCACUAUUCAACAUCAACGUCCCCGUCGGCGAUGCCUCGCGCGGAAAGAAGAUAUUGGAUAAACAAGUCGGGUUCCCCUUCUACGUGGUGGGUGGUCCACCGGGUGUCGAUAUGACAUGGCGGAGUUUCGUGAAGCAAGCGAGGAAGAAGGUGGAGAGGGAGAAGAGGAUUGAGGCGGAGGAGGAGGCGAGAAGGGAGAAGGAGGAGGAGAUUGAGGAGAAGAUUAGGGCGUUGAAGAUGGAUUUGAAGGAGGUGAAGAGUGGGAAGGUUAAGGGGAAGGAGUUGGAGGUGGUGGCUGGUGGGAGCGGGAGUGGGAGUGGUGAGGGAACUGGAUCUGGGAAUGGGAAUGCGAAUGGGUCAACGACUGAAACUUCUGGAUCUGAGGGAGCAACAGAAACUGGUGAUGGAGAGACGGCUGCGGAAACUGCUGCUCCUGCUGAGGGUGGGACAGAGUAA